CGUUCGUGCAAGCUCAUUGGUUGGGGGGCGGGGCUCUGCCCUGUCAGAGGCGGGGCCUGACUGGAGAGCGGCUGAAUUGGGCAUAUUUGCGGGAACGCAAAGCGGAGCGUGCAGAGCGUAGCGAAGCUGGAUAACGGGGGACCAAUGAUGUGGCGACCAUCGCUUUUGCUGCUUCUGUUGCUACUGAGGCACAGGGUGCAGGGGAAGCCGUCCCCUGACGCAGGCCCUCAUGGCCAGGGGAGGGUGCACCAGGCGGCCCCCCUGAGCGACGCCCCCCAUGAUGACGCCCACGGGAACUUCCAGUACGACCAUGAGGCUUUCCUGGGACGGGAAGUGGCCAAGGAAUUCGACCAACUCACCCCAGAGGAAAGCCAGGCCCGUCUCGGGAGGAUCGUGGACCGCAUGGACCGCGCGGGGGACGGCGACGGCUGGGUGUCGCUGGCCGAGCUUCGCUCGUGGAUCGCGCACACGCAGCAGCGGCACAUACGGGACUCGGUGAGCGCGGCCUGGGACACGUACGACACGGACCGCGACGGGCGUGUGGGUUGGGAGGAGCUGCGCAACGCCACCUAUGGCCACUACGCGCCCGGUGAAGAAUUUCACGACUUGGAGGAUGCAGAGACCUACAAGAAGAUGCUGGCUCGGGACGAGCGGCGUUUCCGGGUGGCGGAUCAGGAUGGGGACUCGAUGGCCACUCGGGAGGAGCUGACGGCUUUCCUGCACCCCGAGGAGUUCCCUCACAUGCGGGACAUUGUGAUUGCUGAAACCCUGGAGGACCUGGACAGAAACAAAGAUGGCUAUGUCCAGGUGGAAGAGUACAUCGCGGAUCUGUACACAGCCGAGCCCGGGGAGGAGGAGCCGGCGUGGGUGCAGACAGAGAGGCAGCAGUUCCGGGACUUCCGGGAUCUGAACAAGGACGGCCACCUGGACGGGAAUGAGGUGGGCUACUGGGUCCUGCCCCCUGCCCAGGACCAGCCCCUGGUGGAAGCCAACCACCUGCUGCACGAGAGCGACACAGACAAGGACGGGCGGCUGAGCAAAGCGGAGAUCCUGGGCAACUGGAACAUGUUUGUGGGCAGCCAGGCCACCAACUACGGCGAGGACCUGACCCGGCACCAUGACGAGCUGUGAGCCCCAUGUGCCCGCUAUAGCCUUGCGGGGCACGCAGUGACCUUAGCAGGGGCUGCCGUGGUCCAGCCCCUCCUUGUCCAGGCCCCGCAGGAGGCAGAUGCAGUCCCUGGCGUUCCCUGCCUUUGGGCUCUCAUGGACCCCCUGGGUGGCCUUCUGUCCCCGUGACACCCCCAGCCCCAGAAGGGGCCCUCACCAUCCCAGAGGAUAAGUGACACGUAUUUCUGACUGGCUGUCUCCCAGCCCAGACCCAGGGACCCUGGCCCCAAGCUCAGCCCCUGAGAACCUCCACCAACCCCUCCGGCUCCCAAUCUGAGCCACCACAACAGACUGAGAAACUCCACGCCCUGCCCUCUCCUGCCUGGCCCUGGGCACCUCCUCUCUGCCAGGAGCCAAUAAAAGGCAGCGGCGGGA